AUGCAAUCACGAGAUAAAUCUCAAUCAUCAAGAUCCAUUUUAAUGUCCAAAAAUACAAAAAAAGUUUUGGUUGUCCUACAGCCAACGAUUGGUCGCCGACCUAUUCAUUUGUAUUCAGUCUAUACAUUUAAUCAUUCAACCAUUGGUUCUAACUUCUCAAGUUUGGGAAAAAGGCAAUCCUAUUCUUUAAAUACAUUGAUUCAUUUCUUUGGUGUCUCUGCCAAUGAGAAUAUUGGUUGUGCUGAACGAUUUGAUUGGUGGGUUGAAUUAUCACUUUAUUCCAAAGUAUGUAGUACAAGUAUAAAAGGAGGUUCUUGGACGAUUGUACCAAAAGGAACAUCUUAUAAAACCAAACAAUCGUAUUGGCCAGAUACCAAUGUUUUAAACACCAAAUUCUUGACCAAAGAAGCUGUUUGUUCCAUUGUUGAUUAUAUGCCAAUUAUUAAUGGAAAAGGUUUAAAAUGGCUUGUAAGAAGAGUUAAAGUGAUUAGAGGUAGUGUUGAUUUUGGUAUGGUUUGUAAUCCACAAUUUAAUUUUGCUAGAUCAAAACAUACUGUCAAGAAAUGUAAUAAUGGAUUUCAAUUACAUUCAGAGGAUGGAGUUGUUUUGGAGAUUAUUAGUUGUGUAAAGAUGGAGGAAGGACCAAAUGGAGAGAUCACUUCGGCAUUUACACUGGGCGAGGGAGAUUCGUGUACGUUUAUUCUCAAGGAUCCAGAGGAAUACCCAGAUCUCUUUAAAUUCAAGGAUGUCAAGGGUAGUUGUUCGCGUGAGGAUGUAUUGUUCCAAUCGACCGUCAACUAUUGGCAAAAAUGGCUAGAGAAAUGCACCUAUAAAGGAAGAUGGCGUGAGAUGGUGGAGCGUAGUGCUCUGGUAUUGAAGCUGUUGACCUUUUCGCCAACGGGUGCCAUUGUGGCGUCGCCAACCUGUUCGUUGCCCGAGGAUCUUGGAGGUGUACGUAAUUGGGACUAUCGGUACACUUGGAUCCGUGACGCAGCGUUUACAGUCUAUGGUCUGAUUCGUAUCGGCUUCACCGAGGAGGCCAAAGGCUUUAUGACAUGGCUCGAGAAUAGAUGUAUCGAAGCAGACACUAACCCCAAAAAGGAUGAAAUGCCGCUAAAGAUCAUGUACUCGAUCCACGGCGACGACAAGAUCCCCGAGAGUGUCCUCGAGCAUCUCGAGGGAUACCGAGCCAGUGCACCAGUGCGUGUUGGAAACGACGCAGUCAAUCAAAAGCAACUCGACAUAUUCGGCGAGUUGAUGGACAGUAUCUACCUAUCCAACAAGUACGGAUCGCUUGUUUCCUAUGACUUUUGGAUGCAUAUCCGCAAGCUUAUUGAUUGGGUGUGCGAUCACUGGAACGAAAAAGAUGAGGGUAUAUGGGAGGUACGUAGUGGUCAGCAACACUUUGUCUACUCCAAGAUCAUGUGCUGGGUAGCUGUUGAUCGCGGUCUCCGUCUUGCCGACCGUCGUUCAUUCCCUGCACCACGAGACCGUUGGAUGAAGGUUCGUGACGCCAUCUAUGAGGAGAUCCAAACUAAAGGGUAUGACCCCAAAUUGGGAGCCUUUACACAGUCCUAUGGUUCUGGUACACUCGAUGCCUCCACACUCAUCAUGGCACUUGUCUUUUUCAUGGCUCCAUCCGAUCCAAGACACAUAUCGACACUCCAACGAAUCCUCGAGCCCACCAACAAAGGAGGUCUCGUCUCCAACUCGCUUGUAUUCCGCUACAACACACACGAAGGCGAGGGUGAUGGGUUGGCUGGUACCGAGGGCACCUUUAACAUCUGUUCGUUUUGGUUGAUUGAAGCACUGACCCGUGCAGGAAAGCAUCACCCCGAAUUCCUCGUACGUGCCAGACUAGUCUUUGAUGAAAUGCUCGGUUAUGCCAACCAUCUCGGACUCUUUAGUGAAGAGAUAGGUGUCGGUGGAGAGGCACUUGGUAACUUUCCUCAAGCAUUUACACAUCUUUCUUUAAUCUCUGCCGCUUUCAAUCUCGAUCGUAUACUCUCAGUUAGAAGUAGUAGUAGAAGUCAACAAGUUAGCGCUCCAAAAAGCAGUAAAAUGCUUCAAUAUAUCAAUUAUAGAAUGAAGAUUACAAUCAAUGAUGGUCGUAUUAUUGUUGGUCGUUUCUUGGCAUUUGAUAAACACAUGAACAUUGUGGUAUGCGAUGCAGAAGAGUUUAGAAGAAUCAAACAAAAGGGCAAGGAAGAUCGUGAGGAAAAGAGAACUUUGGGUAUGCUUGUCAUCAGAGGAGAGACUGUUAUCUCGCUGUCUGCUGAAUCACCACCACCCGAAGAGAUCAAGGCCAAGGCACCACCACAGAUUCCAGGUGGUCCUGGUAUUGGUCGUGCUAUCGGUAGAGGUAUGGGCAUGAAUGCUGCUGCCACCGCCGGUCUCACUGGACCUGUUCGUGGUAUCGGUGGUGUCGCACCACCAGGUCCAUUUGGAAGAGGUGCUCCACCUCCAGGUGCUGGCUUUGCCCCAGGUCCACCCGGUAUGGGUCGUGGGUUCCCACCAGGUCCACCUCCCGGCAUGGGCCGUGGGUUCCCACCCGGUGUCUUCCCACCACCUCCAGGUGCUGGUUUCCCACCCGGCGUAUUCCCACCUGGAAUGGGUCGUGGUUUCCCACCAGGUCCACCUCCCGGUAUGGGCCGUGGUUUCCCACCAGGUGUAUUCCCACCUCAACAAGAAUAA